UCCCAUUGACAUUUUUCUUAUACUUAAAAGUCUAACCAUCCAGAUCGAACCACGUGCGCAUGUUUCAGUGUUCCUCAUCACAGGAGAUCAUCACUUCCUUUCCUCUUUCCCUUUUACACUUAACAUACACUCUGUACUAGUGAUCAAAACCUCUAAACACAGCAACCGCCAAUUCCUUCGAAAUUCCCCGAUUCUUUUCACUUUUUCGGGCCCGACUUUAUCUUUUUUCCUGUUCCUUCUUCUCGAGACGAAGAUAAGCCAUAGAUAUGAUUUGAAGUUCUCUCCAGAUUUCUAGGUAAGAGAUCUACGAUUGAUUGUUGAAAUGCCGAGGCAGAAUCAAAGCGUGGAGAAUCUGCUUCUACUCGGGAAAAUCAGGAAGCGUGGGUGUUCUUCGCCGACAUCGUCGACUUCUUCUGUUCUCCGGGAAGGUUAUCGGUUUAAGAGAGCGAUUUUGGUUGGCAAAAGAGGAGGAUCCACUACUCCUGUACCUACAUGGAGGCUGAUGGGCCGAUCUCCGUCUCCAGCUUCGUCAUUGCGAGCUUCCGCCGCCUUACACGCUGCUUCUCCGGGAUACGCGCCGUCGCAGUGCGGGAGCAAGAGUGGGAAGGUAGCUGCUGCUCCGGUUUCGGCGAGGAAGCUUGCGGCAACGCUGUGGGAGAUGAACGAGAUGCCUUCGCCGAGAGUGGUGGAGGAGAACAUGAUGAAGGCGGCUCCAACAAAUAGAAAGAGUAGAAAGGAGAGAAUCGCGCCGCUUCCUCCGCCGAGGUCGGCUCGUUCUGGUUCUCUACCGCCUCAUCUCUCCGAUCCGUCGCAUAGCCCAGUCUCUGAGAGGAUGGAAAGAUCAGGGACUGGAAGUCGCCAGAGAAGAGCAUCCUCCACUGUGCAGAAGCUUAGGCUUGGAGACUGCAACCUGGGUGCUAGAGAUCCUAUUAGCAAUGGCAGCUUCAUGGAUGCUAUACAAUCUGUGAUGAUUAGUUUGUUUGCCGCCAUCAUUUGCGUGCAAGAAAACGAUGUAAAACAAGAUUUCAUACUGUCGACUGUUCUGCACAUAUACAUUGCAUUACAUAUUGAGACUCGAUCACGGGCAGAGACACCGACUGGGUCAACUGUGGGAGUCAAGACACGGUUGAAGGAUUGUAGUAACGCUCUCACAACAUCGAAAGAGCUUCUCAAAAUCAUUAAUAGAAUGUGGGGUCAAGAAGACCGCCCAUCUUCCAGCAUGUCCCUCGUCUCUGCUCUACAUUCUGAGCUCGAAAGAGCUCGCUUACAGGUCAAUCAGUUGAUCCACGAACAAAAACCUGAAAACAAUGACAUUAGCUACUUGAUGAAGCGUUUCGCUGAGGAGAAAGCGGCGUGGAAAAGCACUGAGCAAGAAGUUGUGGAGGCUGCAAUCGAGUCUGUUGCUGGUGAGCUCGAGGUGGAGAGGAAGCUGAGGAGACGGUUUGAGAGCUUGAACAAGAAAUUGGGCAAAGAAUUGGCUGAAACAAAAUCAGCUCUGAUGAAAGCCGUGAAAGAAAUAGAGAACGAGAAGCGAGCGAGAGUGAUGGUUGAGAAAGUCUGUGAUGAACUAGCAAGAGACAUAAGCGAAGACAAAGCCGAAGUUGAAGAGCUGAAGAGAGAAUCAUUCAAAGUCAAAGAAGAAGUCGAAAAGGAAAGAGAGAUGUUGCAGUUGGCUGAUGCAUUGCGCGAGGAGAGAGUGCAGAUGAAGCUCUCGGAGGCUAAGCACCAGCUCGAGGAGAAAAACGCAGCUGUUGAUAAGCUAAGGAACCAGCUGCAAACUUACCUCAAAGCAAAAAGAUGCAAAGAGAAGACCCGUGAACCGCCUCAGGCUCAGUUACAUAACGAAGACACUGGAGAGUACAUGAACCACCAUCACAUUGGCUUUGGUUCAUAUAACAUCGAGGACGGAGAAGUUGAGGACGGUAACGAAGAAGAUUCAGAUUCGAGGGAAAGCGAUCUCCAUUCCAUAGAACUGAACAUAGAAAACAAGAGCUAUAAAUGGCCAUACGGUGAAGAGAACAGAGGGAGAAAAUCGACGCCAAGGAAGAGCCUUUCUUUACAGAGAAGCAUAUCGGAUUGUGUUGAUUGGGUUGUACAGAGCGAGAAGCUUCAAAAAAGUGGAGAUGGAGGAGGUUUGGAUUGGGGAAGAUCCAUUGAGGUUGAGCCUAAAGGGUAUUUAGAUGAAACUCAAGCUUAUAAACUAAACAAGGCUUCUUCAAAAGAUCAUCUCCUCUCGGCUCCAAGACUAAGUAACUUCCGCGGCGGAUCCGUUUCAAAGUCUCGGUUAUCAUCGGAUGCUGCCAAAGGCGAAAACCAGAUUGCUAGAAAAUCAAGAUGGUAAUGUGCUAAAAAGGCAGAGCAUAUUUAUUCACAUUUUGGGAGCAGAGAUAAUAGAAUCUUAUAAAGACUUCUACAUCUACUAAUGAUCUACAUUGUCUCUGUUCGCUCGUUUUGUCAAGAGUGAUUCUUCAUAUGUAAUGUAAGUGAUAAACAAAAGAAAAAGGAUCCAAACAUGUAAGAGCUUGAAUUUUACAUAAAUGCACGAAUUUUCUUUCGAUUUGCUUAAACCUUUAAGAAGCCUUCACUUCAAAAAUGUAAAAUUACAGCGAGAAAGCGACUAAAUGGACUUUUGAGCUCUAGUCGUCGAGCCAUUUCCUGAUCCGAUCCUUAACGAAUUGAUUCCGAGCCUUGACGCGAUCUUGCUGCGGUCCGAUAUUGGCGAGUGAGAGAUACGCUCCGGCGACGAAGAGAGAAACGCCCGCCGCGAAAAACCCCACAGACACCACCAACUGCCGCCGUGUCGGCGGGUACGACAUAAAAAACACCAUCCUUCCUUUUU